AUGAAAUGGGGUAGGAGAAAACCGCACAAUGCUUCUUCUUCUUCUUCAACUUCUUCUUCUUCUUCCUCUAGGCCUUCUUUUAUGUCUAAUAUCUUACCUGCUUCUUGGUUCUCAAAGCUCAAGCAAAAGAAAAGCAACCAAGAGGCCAAACCCACACAAGUAAAGGGAACAGAGAGGAGGAAUUCGCCUUGCAUUCAAUCGCCUGAUUAUGCAAAUGAGACCCCCUCCCCUGAUCAAGUAAAUGGGAAUCGCAGUGGAUUGCGUAGGGGAGAUAAUGGUGAGUUUUGGAAGCUGCCCUUUGGAGAAGAUGGUUUUGAUUCCAAAAAGAGUGGAGGGGUUCUGAGAUCGGUAUGGUACAACUCCGAGGAUGAGCACGAGCUUCCACAUACAAGUUGUAGAAGCUGCAGAUCAAAAUGUACAGAGUUUGAGGGAAAGGAAGAGAUCCAGAAUUUUGGCGACAUGGUUGCGAGGAUGACACGGAGAAGGAGAAGGAGGAGAGAAACUCCAACCCCAGUGAAAAUUUUGAGAAGAGAGUGUGAAAUUGAAUCAGGAACUCCGAGGAGCAAAUGCAGAGAAAAUGGGAACUUCAAGAAUUUGGGUAAAAAAGUGGUGGAGAAGAAGGGAUUUCAACCAGAGAGGGAGACAGUUAAAGCAAAGGAGAGAGCAAGAAGAUCAGUAGAAAAGAAGAUGUUGGAGCCGGAAGAAGAGUCUGGAAUUAGGAAGAAUGGGAGAGAUAAAACCAAAUCGACAAGUACAAGGAAGCAAAUAUAUAUCUCUUCCACCAUGCCAAGAAGUUCCAAUUUAGGAACUAUAGAAGAAAACUGUGUGUUUUCUUCCAUGAAGGCAGAGGAAAGUGAUGAACUUCACACAAUGGGCAUUGAAACUGAUUCAGACUGGGAAAGGAUGAAAGAAUUGAAGAUUGAAGAAUUGAAGUCAAGAUAUGAGAGGCAAAGACAACCAAUCUACACAAGGAAGGACUCAAAUGAGAAGAAUCCAAAAGGCAGAAGAAAAAUCAGAGUUUACUCUCCAAGAACAGCCACUAGAAUUGAGAUGUGCAAGAUCAAAGCAUUGGAGGAUAUGAAGAAAGCCAAGUUAAAGAUGAAGAGUAAGGUAAGAGAGAAUACAAUGGACGAUGAGACCGACUUAGAGAGCUUUGCAGUCGUGAAAUCAUCGAUCCAUCCACAGCAAGACUUCAGAGAGUCAAUGGUUGAGAUGAUCAUGGAGAGAAGGAUCAGUAAAGCAGAAGAUCUUGAAGAACUGUUGGCUUGUUAUCUCACAUUGAAUUCCGAUCAAUAUCACGAUCUCAUCAUCAAGGUGUUUAGGCAAGUUUGGUACGAAUUGAAUCAGGCAUCUUUAGAAUCUGAGUUAAAUAAGCAAUUCCCAUGUAAUGAACAGCUUCUUUAG